UUAUCAUUGUUGGCAUGACGACUAGCCAAUGUUGCUUCAUACAAGUAUGGAGUAUUUCUUCAUAAGUGAGCUGCUGUUGUUAGAUGGUCUAAUCGAAGGUACCGCAAGUUGUUUAAUAGUUUAAUACAUGUUUCAUUGAAUAUGAUCUCAUUCUUAAUUUUAUGUAGUCUUCAAAUAUGCACCAAACCUAACCACUCACCCUAGGAAAAUUAUAAACGAAGAAGCUACUAAAGUUGAACUUACCAAAAGAUACCAGUUUAGUAGUUUACACCUUAUCCUUAACAAGCGAAGAAGAACCGAUGGCUGGACUUUUCCAAUGUAAAAAAGACCAUAACUUUCAAAACUUUGCAACAAAAAGUAAAAGAAUGAAAUGACAAUUUAGGGUGUGUCCUCUCACCGUUAAAAAAUAAGUUUCAAGUCUAAUAAGUUAGAUAGCCUUUAAUAACGUUCAAUCAAGUAAGACUGUAAGAGUUUAAAUCAGAUCUUAUAAGUGUACUCUAUUACGCAAUUACAUGUCAAAUAAGUUCAAAUCAAGUCUUAUAAGAUUAGAUAAAUUUGGAUAACUUUAGAUAUACUCGGAGAAAUAAGUUUAUGUUUCAUCCGAGGAAGAAAACACUUUGACACUAAACAGACAACUAUAAAAAGGUGAAAAUGGAUGGACCCAUAAUAUGGGUUAGUGCUAUGUGCGCCUUGCUAAGUUGGACUGAGUUCCCCGUACAAUAUCGUAUUGCUUACAUUCUCAAUAGUAUCUUGUGAAACCCCACUAUUUUUAUUUAUUUUGAUGAACUUUCUACUUUAUUCAAAUGCAUUUUAUAUUUUUAUCCCUUAACAUAACUUACUUAAUUUCACGUCUUUAAAAACACGUUAUGUUGUAAUCUCUUACCCACCCAUCAAGCACACCUUUUUACCUCUAAAACUUUGAAGAAGAAAACCAAAUAUGGGACUUCUUCAAUAUCCGCUACCUUGCCAUCUAGGAGAAGAAAACCAAUCUAACUCUCAUGGUUGUCGAUCUGGGUACUCUUCCUCGUCGUCUUCAUCCUCUCUCACGUCACAACUAAGUCUCCAAUCCCUCCCUUCUCUCUCAAUAUCCCAACAACUUGAUCAGAAAACUAACACUACCAUGCACCACCAGUGUAUUUCCACCCUCAAAGGCCACACCUCCUAUGUCUUCUCCCUUGUCCUCUCCGGAAAAUAUCUAUAUAGCGGUUCCUCGAACGAUGAAAUCCGGGUUUGGCCUAGGGAACUUACCAUGAAUAAUCAGAGUCCAGCUGAAAUUAAUAGCAAUAAUAUUGUUGCUACUACAAAUGGAGCAGUAAAGUCCUUGGUGGCUUUGGAGGACAAGCUGUUUAGUGCACAUCAAGACCAUAAAAUCCGGGUCUGGAAGAUUGAUAGCAAUAAGGAAAGCCACCAUAAGAGGUACAAAUGUAUAGCUACUCUUCCCACAAUGAACGACCGUUUCCUAAGGCUGUUAUCUGCUAAAAACUAUGUACAGGUACGACGUCAUAAGUCAUGUACCUGGGUCCAUCAUGUUGACACUGUCUCAGCACUUUCCUUAUCAAGUGAUGGAUCCCUCUUAUACUCUGCCUCAUGGGAUCGGACCUUCAAGGUAUGGCGUACCUCCAAUUUCAAGUGUUUGGAAUCAAUUCCUAAGGCUCAUGAUGAUGCCAUUAAUGCUCUCGAGUUAUCUAAAGAUGGAUAUGUCUACACCGGAUCAGCUGACAGGAAAAUCAAGGUGUGGAAGAGACACAAGGGAGAGCGAAAGCAUUCGUUGGUGGCAACUUUAGAGAAGCACAAGUCCGCUGUCAAUGCAUUGGCUCUUAGUAGUGAUGGGUCUGUGCUUUAUUCUGGAGCAUGUGAUCGCUCGAUUGUAGUGUGGGAAAGAGAAUCUAAUGGUGGUGGGAAUAUGGUGGUGGUGGGAGCACUUAGAGGCCAUAGCAAGGCCAUUUUGUGCUUGGCUGUGGUGUCUGAUCUGCUGUUCAGUGGCUCAGCUGAUAAGACUAUCAGGAUAUGGAAGAAGUCAGGUAUUGACAAGAAAUAUGUUUGUUUGGCAGUCUUAGAGGGACAUAUGAAACCUGUUAAGUGCUUAACUGCAACUGUUGAUCCAAACAGUAGUACUGAUUCUGGCACUUCUUAUUUAGUGUAUAGUGGUAGUUUAGAUUGUGAUAUUAAGAUGUGGAAAAUUUGGGUUCCUUUUCAGUGAGAUUUCCCAUGUUUUAUGUUGUUUUUGUAGCAUUUCGUAAAAUGUAAAUAGAAGAGUGAGCAAUACAUAACUGAUUUUUUUAUGGA